AUGCCGAAGAAGAGCACCAAAAACUCUACAGCAGCCCAAGGGAAGGGCACAGGACCUUCGGAGGAGUCCAGUGACAUGGAAGUGGAAAAUGAAGGUGACAAACAGCUUACUGAGGCACCUCCACAAGCAGUCUCGGAUGAGGUGCUUGAUAAUCGAAGUUUAGAAGAGAUUUUGGGUAGCAUCCCUCCUCCCCCACCUCCAGCCAUGACCAAUGAACCUGGUGCUCCUCGUCUCAUGAUAACUCAUAUUGUAAACCAGAACUUCAAAUCCUAUGCAGGGGAGCAAACUUUGGGACCUUUUCAUAAGCGUUUUUCAUGUAUUAUUGGGCCAAAUGGCAGUGGGAAAUCCAAUGUCAUUGAUUCGAUGCUUUUUGUGUUUGGGUAUCGAGCACAAAAAAUCAGAUCCAAAAAACUCUCUGUGCUGAUCCAUAAUUCUGACGAACACAAGGACAUCCAGAGUUGUUCUGUGGAAGUCCACUUCCAAAAGAUCAUUGACAAGGAAGGAGAUGAUUACGAAGUCAUUCCUAACAGCAAUUUUUGUGUGUCCAGAACUGCUUAUAGAGAUAAUUCUUCUGUCUACCACAUCAAUGGAAAGAAAACAACAUUCAAAGAUGUUGGUAUUCUUCUUCGAAGCCAUGGAAUUGAUCUGGACCAUAACAGGUUCUUAAUUUUACAGGGGGAAGUUGAGCAGAUCGCCAUGAUGAAACCCAAAGGCCAGACGGAACACGAUGAAGGAAUGCUGGAAUACUUGGAAGACUUGAUAGGAUCUGCACGCCUAAAAGAGCCUAUCAAAGCUCUGUGUCGCAGAGUAGAGGUUUUAAAUGAUCAAAGAGGAGAAAAGUUAAAUAGAGUUAAAAUGGUGGAAAAAGAAAAGGAUGCCUUGGAAGGAGACAAGAAUAAAGCCAUGGAAUUUCUGUGUUUGGAAAACAAAAUGUUUAAAGAGAAGAAUCGGAUCUGUCAAUACUACAUCUAUGACCUAAAGAAACGAGUAAGUGAUUUGGAAACACAGAAAGAAAAAGUUAAUGAAGAAACAAAAGAGGUUAAUGAGAAGAGUAGCAAACUUGCAGAUGAGAUGAAAACCAAGAACAAAGCUUUGAAAGAACUUGAAAAGAAACUCAACAAAAUUACAGUGUUCAUAGAGGAAAAUAAAGAAAAAUUUAGGCAGUUGGAUUUGCAGGAUGUGAAAGUAAGGGAAAAGCUAAAGCAUGCCAAAAGCAAGGCUAAAAAACUGGAGAAGCAACUUCAAAAGGACAAAGAAAAGGUAGAAGAACUGAAAAAUGUACCUUCCAAUAGUGAAAAAGCUAUCAGCGAAGCAACGUCUAAGAAAGAGCUUCUUGAGAAGGCAAAAGAGAAAGAAGAAGACAAACUCAAGCAGGUCAUGGAUAGCCUGAAGGAAGAAACACAAGGACUUCAAGAAGAGAAAGAGAGCAACGAGAAGGAGCUCAUGGAGUUGAGUAAAGCGGUGAACGAGGCACGUUCCAAGAUGGAUGUGGCGCAGUCCGAGCUCGAUCUCUACCUCAGCUGCUACAAUACUGCCCUGGCCCAGUUACAGCAGGCAAAGGAGGCUCUCACCACGACUUCAGAAACUCUGAAGGAAAGGAAAGCUGCCAUCAAAGAUAUAGAAAGAAAACUACCCCAAGCUGAACAGGACUUGAAGGAGAAGGAGAAUAAGCUUGAGAAGCUGGGAAGAGAAGAAUUGGGUGCUAAGGAUCUUGUUCGAAAUCUACGUCAGAAAGUAGAAGAAGCCAAAAGUUCUUUAGCACAAAGUCGCAGUCGAGGAAAAGUGCUUGAGGCUCUGCUUCAGCAGAAGAAAUCUGGCAAUAUUCAUGGACUCUAUGGAAGACUGGGAGACUUGGGAGCCAUCGAUGAGAAGUACGAUGUUGCCAUUUCCUCCUGCUGCGGGGCCUUGGACAACAUUGUUGUUGAUACAAUUGACACUGCCCAGCGCUGCGUCAACUUCCUGAAGGCCUCAGGAGUUGGAGUUGCCACCUUCAUAGCCCUGGACAAAAUGACUGUAUGGGAAAAAAAAAUGCAAAAGAUCCCAACUCCUGAAAAUACCCCUCGGUUGUUUGACCUGGUGAAAGUGGAGGACGAGAAGGUUCGUCUGGCGUUUUACUUCGCCCUGCGGGACACCCUGGUUGCCAGCAACUUGGAAGAAGCUACCAGAGUAGCUUUCCAAAAAGAGAAAAGGUGGAGGGUGGUGACACUGCGAGGACAAAUCAUUGAACAGUCAGGAACAAUGACUGGUGGAGGAGGUAAAGUCAUGAAGGGCAGGAUGGGUUCCUCAGUCAUCAUGGAUAUUUCAGAAGAAGAGGUCAAUAAAAUGGAAUCUCAGCUGCAGAAGGAUUCCAAACGGGCAACACAAUAUGGAGAAGAGAAACUACAACUUGAAGAAGCCGUAGGAAAACUGCGCCAAGAUAUCAGGGAAAUGAGAAAUACUCUAGAAAAGUACACAGCCAGUAUGCAGAGUUUAUCUGAACAAGAAGUUAAUCUAAGAAACCAAGUUAAGGAACUUGAAGCAAAUGUAAUUGCUGCUGCUCCAGACAAGAACAAACAGAAGGAAUUGGAAAAAAUCCUUAAUAGUUAUAAAAAAGAGUACGAUGACAUCGCGCAGAAAGCUGGCAAGGUGGAGAAGGAAGUUAAACGGUUACACAACCUCAUCCUUGAGAUCAAUAAUCAUAAACUUAAAGCACAGCAAGACAAACUUGACAAGAUCAACAAAGAAAUAGAUGAGUGUGCUUCAGCUAUUACUAAAGCCCAAGUGGCAGUCAAGACUGCAGACAGAAACCUGAAAAAGUCUGAAGAGUCUGUUCUUCGCACAGAGAAGGAAAUUAAAGAUAAUGAGAAAGAAAUGAAAGACUUAACAGAAGAACUGACUACGCUAGAAGACAAAGCUACCAAGGUUAUAAAUGACUGCAAACAAGCUGAAGAAGCGUUGCCAGAAGUUCAGGAGGAGCAUCGUGGGUUACUCAAGGAGAUUCAAAUCGUUCAGGAUGAUGAACAUGCACUUCAAAAGGAAGCUCUUAAUAUUAAGCUGAAAAUAGAACAAAUUGAUAGCCAUAUUUCUGCACACCAGUCAAAGAUCAAAUACUGGCAAAAAGAGAUAUCCAAAUUGUCACUGCACGCCAUAGAUGACAAACCUCCUGAAGAAAUGCCAGUGCUGAGUCAGGAGGAGCUUGAGGCUGUCCAGGAUCCCAACGUGAUCACUAAUCAGAUCGCUCUCCUGGAAGCCCAGUGUCACGACAUGAAACCCAACCUGGGAGCUAUCGCGGAAUACAAGAAGAAGGAAGAGCUGUACUUGAAACGUGUGGGUGAACUGGAUGAAAUUACCAACAUGAGAGACAACUUCAGACAAGCUUUUGAAGAUCUUAGGAAACAAAGGCUAAAUGAAUUUAUGGCAGGAUUUAAUGUCAUAACAAAUAAACUGAAGGAAAACUACCAGAUGCUGACUUUGGGAGGGGAUGCUGAAUUAGAACUUGUGGACAGCCUGGAUCCCUUCUCUGAGGGAAUCGUAUUUAGUGUUCGGCCUCCAAAGAAAAGUUGGAAGAAGAUAUUCAACUUAUCAGGAGGAGAGAAGACACUUAGUUCACUGGCACUAGUUUUUGCUCUUCAUCAUUACAAGCCCACGCCACUUUAUUUUAUGGAUGAGAUUGAUGCAGCACUUGACUUCAAAAAUGUGUCUAUUGUAGCCUUUUACAUUUAUGAGCAAACAAAAAAUGCACAAUUCAUCAUCAUCUCAUUGCGAAACAACAUGUUUGAGAUUGCAGACAGAUUAAUUGGGAUUUACAAGACUCACAACGUCACAAAGAGUGUGGCAACAAACCCCAAAGUUAUUGCCUCCAAAGCACUGCUUGAACUCAGCACUGUUGGGGGUGAAGCUCAAAAAUAA